CCCAUGAACCUCUUUGCUGUGGCUCUCCCCCAUCUCUUGCGCUCUCUCUCUCUCUCUCUACCGCUUUUCUUUCCCUCACUCUCGAUGGACUAAAAGUUUGAGAGGCGAACUGGGGGAAAGGUGUCGAAGGUUGUUAACGCUGCCAUCAGCCGAGUGCCGAGUGGACAGUGAGAGGGAGGAAGCCGUGGGGUUGACAUGGACACCUUUUUCCGCCGCCACUUUAAACUGAAAGGGGCGAAUCAGAAAUGGCCCGUUGUGGCGGUGCCCGCCAGCAAGGCUCGCCGGCGCUCCAGUGUAGGAAUGCCCUCCGCUGGCCUCGUCCACCGUAGACGCUCCAGCGUAGGCCUGCCACCAAUUACCCCGACCCAGCGGAGGCGCUCCAGCACUGGCUUGUCUUGCUUGGCUCGCCAGCAGCGCCGGCCUUCCGGCGGGCAGCUGGCGAGGACCCAGUACCAAGCCAGGCGUCGCUCCAGCACCACCAUGACCUGUGUCCACCCGCGCUUUUCCGUCCGCCGCCGCCGGGCAGCCAGGCUUCGCACCAUCGACCCCCAUCUGCUGGGGCCCUCCAUGCUGCUGGCCAGCCUGGUCCAGAUGAGCGAGGAGGAGAAGAGGGGGGAGUGGGGUAGUGAGGCGGCGUCGGGAGACGUCACCGAGAGCUGCCUCUCUUCCUCCUCCUCCUCCUCCUGCUGCUGCUCCGAGUCAGACGGUGACAGCUGCAGCCAGAGCGAGGAUAGCACCGGUUCAGAGGGCAGCGAGAGCGAAUGGGAGGAGCCCGAGGAAUCAUCGCCAUCACACUCUCUGUGGCAGGACCGUGCUCACAGCAUGGCAGCUUUAACAGUGCAGAGCCUCCAGACCAGGCCCCUGAUCCGCGCCCCACGAUGCCUUCGCCGCAACUCCUCCCACCUGCUGCCGGCCGACGCGGUGCACCGCGGACGAACGUCUUCCGGCGUACACGGAUUCUAUCGCCGCUCCAGCCAGUACCGGAGGGCCUCCGCCGUGUCAAACGGCGGCAAGCAGCGCAGGAGGAGCUCCAUUGCGGCCCGCCGCUUCUCUUCGUCCCUGUACAGGAACUGUCCCCCUUGUUGGAGACCCAACGGCCGCCGGGAGUCCCUCAGCCCCCUGCAAGGCCCCUACUACGACCCCCGACUGGAGUCUUGGAGUGGGUUUCUAUCGAAGGCCAUUGCUAAAUCGGGUCUGCAGCACCUGUGUGGCCAGCCCAGCGCCUCGGCCUUGGCGAAGAGUGACCUGGACAGAGAGAUCCGGAACAGCUGCGACUGGACUGAGAACGCCCUGUAUGGGGAACACAUCUGGUUUGAGACCAACGUCUCCGGGGACUUCUGUUACGUCGGAGAGCAGCACUGCAUCGCCAAGACACUGCAAAAAUCUAUAGCCCGGAAAAAGUGUGCAGCCUGCAAGAUAGUUGUUCACACAAUCUGCAUAGAGCAGCUAGAAAAGUUUUCGGACAGCGAGGCUAUGCUCCAUGAAGACAGCCUGGAAAUCAAAGACCCCGAAUUUAGAAUCAACUUCAGGUGUAAACCAUCCUUCAGGGAAUCGGGCUCUAGAAAUAUACGAGAGCCAGUCCUCCAAAGACGAGGCGCUCUAAAGCGCCUCAGGCGGAUAGCUAACAGCAAGGCCGCCCCUUUCCCGACCAACUCCCAGCCCACCAUAGUUCGACACCACUGGGUCCACCGGAGGCGCCAGGACGGGAAGUGUCGGCAGUGCGGGAAGGGUUUCCAGCAGAAGUUUGCCUUUCACAGUAAGGAGAUUGUGGCCAUCAGCUGUUCCUGGUGCAAACAGGCAUAUCACAACAAGGUCUCGUGCUUUAUGCUGCAGCAGAUUGAGGAGGCCUGCUCUCUCGGGGCUCAUGCCUCUGUCAUCGUGCCACCCACCUGGAUCAUCCGGGUUCGCCGACCUCAGUCCUCACUAAAAUCAAGUAAAAAGAAGAAACGGACCUCGUUCAAGCGCAAGUCCAGCAAAAAGGGAGUAGAGCCAGCCCUCCAAAGACAAGGCGCGCUUAAGUGCUUCAGAGGGAGACGACUCCAGGAGGCCCGCUGGAAGCCUUUCAUUGUUAGACCCAUUCCAUCUCAGCUCAUGAAGCCGCUGUUGGUGUUCGUCAACCCAAAGAGCGGGGGGAACCAGGGGGCCAAGAUCAUCCAGUCUUUCAUGUGGUAUCUCAACCCACGCCAAGUGUUCGACCUGAGUCUGGGAGGGCCCAAGGAUGGGUUAGAAAUGUACCGUAAGGUCCAUAACCUGAGGAUACUGGCGUGUGGAGGGGAUGGCACGGUUGGCUGGAUCCUGUCAGCUCUGGACGAGCUCCAGUUGAACCCCCAGCCUGCCGUGUCCAUCCUGCCUUUGGGGACGGGCAAUGACCUGGCCAGAACCCUCAACUGGGGUGGGGGUUACACGGAUGAGCCGGUGUCUAAGAUCUUGUCUCAUGUAGAAGACGGGAAUAUCGUCCAGCUGGACCGGUGGAAUCUAGUAGUCGAGCCCAACCUGGAGGCUGCUGCGGAAGAGAAAGAUGAUCAGCAGGCUGACAAGCUUCCCCUUGAUGUCUUCAACAACUACUUCAGCCUUGGCUUCGAUGCACAUGUGACACUAGAAUUCCACGAGUCUCGAGAGGCCAACCCAGAGAAAUUCAACAGCCGCUUUCGGAACAAGAUGUUCUAUGCAGGAACGGCCUUCUCAGACUUUCUCAUGGGGAGCUCCAAAGACCUGGCCAAACACAUCAAGGUUGUGUGCGACGGUACCGACCUCACCUCAAAGGUUCAGGAUCUGAAGCUGCAAUGUCUGGUGUUCCUGAACAUUCCCAGAUACUGCGCCGGCACGAUGCCUUGGGGAAACCCAGGUGAGCACCACGACUUUGAGCCACAGCGGCACGACGACGGCUGCAUCGAAGUCAUCGGCUUCACCAUGACCUCUCUGGCGACGCUGCAGGUAGGAGGUCACGGCGAGCGGCUGAACCAGUGCAGGGAGGUGACUCUCACCACCUACAAGCCCAUCCCCAUGCAGGUGGACGGGGAGCCAUGCAAGCUCGCCCCCUCAAUCAUCCGCAUUUCCCUGCGGAACCAAGCCAACAUGGUGCAGAAGGCCAAGAGGAGGACCUCUAUACCACUACUCAACGACCAGCAGCCCUUUCCGGAGAGGUUGAGGAUCCGGGUCAACCGUAUCAGCAUGCACGAUUAUGAAGCGCUUCAUUACGACAAGGAGAAACUCAAAGAGGCCUCUAUCCCACUGGGACUCAUCGUUGUCCCGGGAGAUAGUGACCUGGAAACAUGCCGCUCCCACAUCGAAAGGCUCCAGGAGGAUUUCAUCUCCGUUCACCCUUCCUUCAAACGACUGGUGCUUCAGGAGGAUGAUGGGGCUAAAUCCAAGACCCUUUCCUCGCAGAAGCUUUCACCAAAGUGGUGCUUCUUGGACUCCACAACUGCAGAUCGAUUUUACCGUAUUGAUCGUGCUCAGGAACACCUGAAUUACGUGACAGAGAUAUCCCAAGAUGAGCUGUUCAUCCUGGACCCAGAACUCGUCGUCACGGAGACGGUUAGCACCUCACCAGGCAUGCCUGAUCUGGUGGAUUCUUCUGGCGAAUUCCCAGGGGGAUCUCGCAAGUUUGCAUACCCAUCAUCCCCUUCUUCUCCUCCCCACUCGCCGGGUCCCAGCCCCACCAGCCCACACUCGGACAGCGAGGCCAUGGCGGUCAGACACAAGAAAUCCCACUUCUUCUUCUCCUCUCACUCCGGCUUCCCCUUUCCUGUCAGGAAGAGGAUCCUGGAGCUCCAGAAGAGCACUCAAAGGAAGCGAAUAUCCAGUGACAGCUCCGUGGCCGAGGCACUGGCUCACAGCGAGUCACUGAAGUCAAGUAAGCCAGCUCUCACCAGGGCAGGAUGUGUCCAUCGGUCUAACACUACUGCAGCUGAUUUUAAACCAACAUUGAGGUCAGAGAGGAGUACACUGUGCAAUACCGACAAAGUGUCGCCAGAAGUGUUGAUUGAUUGUGUGAAGAGCAAAGACCUUCAGAAGCUGAAGGAGCUGCACAAACUGGGUGCCGACCUUUCGAUCCAGGACCCCUCCGGAUGCACCCUGCUACAUUAUGCUGUGGACACCGGUAGCAAGGAGAUGGUCAAAUACAUCCUGGAUAAUGCACCCUCAGAUGUCCUGGAUGUUACCGAAAAAGAAAAGGGGGAGACAGUGUUGCACAAAGCAGCAUCACUGUGUCAGAGGACUAUUUGCCACUACCUGGUAGAGGCCGGGGCAUCCCUCAUGAAGACAGACCUACAGGGAGACACACCGAAGCAUCGGGCAGAGAAGGCCAAGGACGCGGAGCUGGCAGCCUACCUGGAGAACCGGCAGCAUUACCAGAUGAUCCAGAGGGAGGACCAAGAGACAGCUGUGUGACCCCUGACCUCGCUGUCACCUUGACCCUGUGCCAAACCUACUUUAGCCAAACGAGGAAACUCACCAGACAAAGAUGGUUCAAAAGGUAGCCAGUGUUGUAUCCUCCUCCUUCUGUGGGGGAGGGGGGGGUGAUGGGUUGGCCUGUGUUCUACCAGACAGAGAUACUGUUACGGUCAACCAUGUGAGAUGCUUUGUGACCAGUGGACUUGAUUAUUGCACUGCCAAAAAAGAAGCUAUGUUUCAUGUCGGAAGAGAUGGCUCUUCUGUAUCAUUUUGUUUUCCCCACUGGUUGUAUUGCACACGCAAUCAACCUGGACUGAAUGCUGAACGAUGUCAACUACCGUUUUGCUACAAGGUUUCAGGACUGGAGUUUUGGGUGUUUGAAUGUCAAGGUAAUUGUAUUAUGUCCUUGUAUGGAACUGUAUCACCAUGAGAAUUUCAACUGUACCAAUGACAAUGACUGUGGAUUCCAGAAGGGUAUUAACAUGCUGGUCUGUAGGCCAGCAGUUUUUCAAACUACCAACAAUUACAUUAUUGCCCCCCAAAAUGAAACGGUGGAGGGGACUAUGGAUCGAUGUCCACACGCGUGACAUCUUAGACCCCUUUGACCCAGUUUUGAUGAAAUGUGUGUGAAUGAUGUCUUACCAUCGAUAUUUUCGAAAUUAUGUUGAUUGACCAAAUGGGGGCGCAAGGUCACAACCCUAAUCCUGUUUGAAAUGUUCCCCGUGAACCCAUAAGAUCAGCCAUGAGGCAAUUUAGUGAAAAUAAUUCAAAACCUUUUUCACUGGCAUCAGUGACUAGUUGAUGCAAAACCUGAUAUUCUCUGUUUUCAGAUUGGUACCUAAAGCAACAUGUUGGCAAUUUAACAGUAAAAAGCCACAAGUAUUGUCUACCAUGGAAAUGGACAUAAAUCAGUAACAGAUAGAUUUUUUUAUUGUAAUAAAGGUACACGUUAUAAACACUGUCAAGACCCAACAUAUGCAAGAGCAUUCAUAUCGACCACACAGUGGCUCUAUUUUUUUCUCUUGAUCUGUUUUACUAAGAGUGAUGAAAUUUGACACACCCUCAGGUAUUUGAGUCUUGCUAAGUCAUCUGAAAUCUCAACACCACUGGCUUGAUUUUGAAAAAAACUUGCAUGAAUGUUGAGUCUUCUUGUAUCGGAGAUCGGCAUUUACACAAUUACAUUGAUUGGCCCUGGGGGGCAGUACAUCAUUGGUUGGGGACGACGUUUACUGUUGCCUUGUUUAGAUUAAGCUUUGAUUUGUUUAUAAUACCGCUUUAGAAUUUUUUUUGCUGACUGAUUUGUCUACCCAGAAUGCAGUGUGAUGGUAUCAAACUAUAGCUCCAAAAAUGUGGGACAUUUCACACUGAAAACUUUUCCAUUACUUGACAGUUUGAAUUAAGUGAUUCAAUAUUGUAAAAUGUAUUGAUCAUCAAGCAAUUUCAUUUUUUUUCCUGAAAGUGUUAUGCUUUUAAAAAGGAUAUGUGGUAUUGUAUACUUAUCGUAGUAGCUUUUUGUUAGAGCAGUGUAUGCACUGCAGCUCGAAUUGCCUUGAUUUUCUUAUUAUGUUGGCUAUUUGUUGAUACUUAAUGUACUUAAGUCAUGGCAUAUUUGUAUUGCAUUUUUAAGCUGAUUUAUGUUUAUAUAAUUUGUACAUAAUAUAAAUGUAACAUUUUUGUGUUUGGACAUUUUUUUUAAAUAUAAAUUAGCAUUUGAUAUGUAUUGGCUAAAUAACUACACAGCAUUUCUUCUCUCAUGUUGUUACAGAAGGCGUAUUUAUUCACCUCAACAUUCUUUACUGAUCCUCAACAUCCACACACAGCGGUUGAAGUAUUUUCAGCAAACUCAAAAAAAAUGUGGAUGGUUGAGAUGUAAAUUUACCGGGUGAUUGUUUUUUUUUUUUUUUUACAUAAAAUAAUGAGAAUUAGUGUCUUCAUAGAAACCAACAAUUUAUGGUUACUUUUUUCAUAAACGUAAUAAGUGUUUAAAUAUGACUGGCCAUUUGAACCAGAAAAUAAAUAAACUUAAGUUAUAAAGACCAGUGAUUCAUUUAAAUGUCAUAAUUCAAACUAUUUAUAAUGUAAAGAUUAAGGGGAAGGAAUUUUCCCAUUCCAAAAUCUAUCCUGAAGUAUAACUAGUAAACUUGUUGAUAUAUGUAAAUCGGGGAAGGGAUUCACCAAUUAAUAAAUCAAUUAUACAGUAUAAAUAGUAAACUGCUUUACUGAAACACCACAGUAACUGUGGCUCUAUUGUAUUUUGUUAGACUGAAAUUUGUUGUGAUUGGUCUGGAUGUUUCUUUUAAUCACUAGACAUACUUGCAUAACUUACAGUACUUGUAUACACAUUAAUAAGGUAUUGCGUAGACACAUUAUGCAGGAUUCUGACUGUUGUCAAAUGUUCAUACUGUAGUUUUGAAUACCAACUAAAGCCCUGUUUUAUACAAGGUUCUAACGUAACACUUGUCCAAAUUUUUUCCAUUUAAAUGCAUCAGAUUUGUGUCUUUUGUCUACACUUUUCAAUAACAAUUUAGACAGUGAGAAUGUGGAUAAGAUUAGGACAAUGUACAGAUGUUAUUACCAGUUCUAAACAGGGCUUAACAUGCAUUUGAUUGUAAGUCAUUGCUAUACUCUAUUAUGUCCAGAUACACUGAAUCCAUUUCUAUGGUAGAAAAUAUAUCCUUGAUGAAAAGGCUCCAGUGCUUGCCAUCUGCCUGACCGAGCAUUGCAUUUUUCAUACAUGUUCACAUAUUUAGUACACACAUUCAUUUGAUUAUUAAAGUAAAUAGAAUUUUU